AUGGUGGAUAAUGCUGCAGGAGGAGCUUUUAUUGAGAUCACCUUUACUGCAGUUGGAAACAUGUUAGAAAGAAUGACUAAGACAAAUUGGGAGAUAGUUGAUGAAUCUUCAGUGGUGCCUGUAGAGUUGGGAGGUUCAGAAAAGAAGAGUGCAGAAGUGGAACAACCACCUAAGCUGAAGCAUAUUAGUGAUGUGGAGCAAGACAUAAGGAAGGAGAUGCCAGGAUACGGUAAAUUUAUGAAAGAUCUUGUGAUGAAGAAAAGAGCGUGGAUUUGUCAUGAUUGGAGCGAUGAUCACUGCAUAAAAUUGUUGAAGAACUGCUAUGAAGCACUUCCUGCGAAUGGAAAAGUGAUAAUUGCUGAGUGCAUACUUCCAAAAGCACCAGACACAUCAGCUGCUACAAAGAGUAAAGUACAUGGUCAUAUUAUUAUGUUAGCGCAUAACCCAGGAAGCAAAGAAAGAACUGAGAAAGAAUUUGAAGCUUUAGUUAAGGGGGCUAGUUUUAGGGGAUUUCGUAAGGCGUGUUGUGCUUACCACACUUGGAUCAUGGAAUUCAACAAGUGA